UUCGAGCAUGGCAUCGGGCAUUCUCGGCUGCGCGGCGAUUCCAAAGGCCGCGGUGGCGGCGGCUGGAUCGUCCACCGCUUGCUGCGAUGUCAAGCUAGCCUGCGCGCCGGGAAGUUCGUGCUCUAGCAGGGUACAUUAUGGGAAUCUUGCGAAUCCUGCCACCGCUUUGAGUGGGAGGCAUCGAUCCAGGUGUUGCGCUGCUGCCGCUGCUGCUGUGGGGAGGGAUUCUAGCCGUGCCGCCACUAGCGAGGCUCAAGAAACAGCAAACUCAGCUUGUGCAGUGAACGAUUCUACGUUCCAGAAGCUUGUUCUGGAGAGUGAUAUUCCAGUUUUGGUCGACUUUUGGGCUCCUUGGUGCGGUCCCUGCCGCAUGAUAGCCCCACUUAUCGACGAGCUCGCCAGGCAGUACGCGGGAAAGCUGAGAUGCCUCAAGCUCAACACAGAUGAAUGCCCAAACCUGGCCACCGAGUAUGGAAUUCGCAGCAUUCCAACUGUGAUUAUCUUUGUGGGAGGUGAGAAGAAGGAUACCGUGAUCGGUGCUGUUCCAAAGUCGAGCUUGACGUCCAUGAUUGAUAAAUACCUCAGCUAAGGCUUUUUACACUCUUCCCUUGUUUCUUUGCUUCCUUUAAACAAUCAUGGUUUAGUUAACAUAUUCUGUAUAUACUUGCAGACUUUGGUGCAUAUACAAAUUUCUAACUUGGCUUUA